AUGAUUUGUUUUGCCUGCAGAAGGAAGGCUUCUUGCAUUUGCGCCAAUUGUGCUGCUCAUAAAGUGUCCUUGGAGGAAAAGAGGGGAAAACAAGAACAGUUGAAUAAUGCCCGAAAGGAAUGUGUUAAAGAGAUUGGUGAAGUGCUUAAGGAACAGAUUUUAUUGGAAGAUGAAAUGCUGAGAACGAGGGAAUGUAUCGCAGUUUUCAAAGUCAAGAAGGAAGACCUUAAGCGCAGAAUCGAAACAAAAAGUCGUCUUUUUGAGGACUGCGAUAGACAGUUUAAGAAACAUGCGAAGUACCUCACCGAUUUGAUGAACCUCUGCGAACGCCAAAGAAAGGUGGUGUCGAGAUUACUCGCUAGAAGGCCUGAAAUACAAACAGAAGAAAAAGAGGUUAUUGGACAUUUCUUAACUUUAAAGAAGUUUGGAACGGAUUUUUCUUUUAGUUCUACCGAAAGCGACGAUGACGAUUGGGUAGUAGUUAGCUCACCAGAUAUCGAGAAGUCUGUAAUACAGACGGAUGUAAGAUACUCGGUCGGUGGUUGUUGCGUUAAUGAUAAUGGUUCAUACGGAUUGAAAGAGUGGUUACGAACUGGUUUGCCAAAACUUCGAACCCAUGAUGCUACCUUUGCUGCGAUUUUGAAUGGCUUUCAACUUCUGGAUUUUUUGCUUCCUUUGUACGAUAUAGUACCUCCUUGUAAGACCUCUAUGCGUGAAGUGGCAUUAUGUGAAAGGUGGACAGACGAUUUACUGGAUACUGAUUUAUUGAAACUGAAUGUUUCUAUAUUUUUAUUUUGUGUCAAGUUGGGCAUCCAUGGGUUGAAUGUUCAUCGUCCUUUCGCCAAUCUUUUGAACCUUUCGACAUCUUUGAUCAACGAUUUUCGUGUUGAGACUAAACCAUUACCAUUAACGCCAGAAUCAUUAAGUGAAGUUGAAGACUGCUAUAAAGAAUUAAAGAAGUGGGUUGAAAGAGACGCAGCAAAGUCAAGAAAUGUAGUCAGCCACGAAUAUCGCGUUUCAUCAAGAAUUAAUUUCGCCUUUGAACGUCACGGUAUAGUCGAGAAGCUUUUACUACAUGAUGCAGCGAAUUUGGUUUAUAAAAAUGACUGUGUGGAAAAUAAUAAACCAAACAAGUAG